AUGCAGAAGGACUUGAGCGCUCGUGCAUUGAAUGGAAUGACUGCCCUCGAUUUCCGUGACAGAAUGCUCUGUGGGUGUUUAGCUGAAGAUUUUUGUGAUCGUUUAGCUUCUCUUCGCACUUACAAGGCCAUGUCAACACUGGAUUAUGGCACGCGUCCUGUAUUCCAGCCAUACCUUCGUCGCAAUCUUCUCUAUCUAAGAGCAUUUGCUGACAGGGCAGUUCCUUCGUACACAUUCGGUGAGGAUGUUCCACCACUGCUGUGGCCAUGGAAGCCUGUUCGAAAUGUAGUUCACCGUUCGGCUGCAGAGCGUCGAGCACGUUUGAGUGAGAUUGUGGAUGUGAUGCUAUCUCGCAAUUCUGCCGAAGAGAGAGUGCAGAAGUUUGCUGGUGUGCACGACUUCCACUUCUCUGUCGGAACUCUAGCCGCUUUCAAAAAGAACAUGGACGUUCAAAUAUUACAUCGUUCUCUGGCUUACAGAAAGUUUCUCAGUUCUCAGGGAGUGGUAAAAUUUUUCGUGCUAGAAUCUGUGCUGCACAAGCUUGACGGGCUUUGUUUUUAG